AUUAAAAAUUUAAAUGAAAAAAGUAAAUUAUCAAACAGUACUAUUUAGAGUACAAUUCAACAGAUUUCAAAAUUAAUCGGGAUCAAGAUUCAGCAGCCCUGAAGCAGUCGAUGCAUUUUCUAGUAUACAAAGUCCAUGGCUGCCACAAGACUUAAGAGAUGUCGCUUAAAGAUUAUAAUUAUAUUGCUUAUAGUUGUAUUUUUACUUUAUUUCUAUUUACAGAAGGAAUAUGGAAGUGAAUUGACGAGCCAAUCGCCGUCCAAACAUCAUCUGGAAAGAAUAUCAGAACAAUUAUUGUUUCAAGAACAGACUGAGAAAUUUCAUUUCCAUAAUAAAUCAUCUGCAACAUCUCCAUCUGGAGCUUUGGAAUACUGUAAUUUUCCCAAUCCUAAUUCACUAAAAGAGGGUAAUGGUCAUUACCAUAGAGAGCUAGGGACACAUGGUUACAAGCUACAACUGGUGCAGAUGAUCAUCAGACAUGGAGAUAGGACACCACUUCACACUCUAGCUGACAGACCUAACCCAAGAAUCAGCUGUAAAUUUUCAAAGAAAGAGAAACAUGUACACUGGAUUGUGGGCAAGUUUAUCUCCAGAAUGCAAAGUGAGGACGCUAAUGAAAAUUUUGAAUUUUUGCACCCCUAUCCAAAUCAACCAUAUUGUCGUCAGUCAUAUUUAACUCCACAAGGAGCUGUGCAGACAUUGCUAAAUGGUCUUAAAGCAAAAUACAAGUACAUUGAUCAGUUGGAUUUAUUUGGACAAGAUUUCAGUGAGAGAAAAAUUAUUGUGAAGAGUACUGUAUACCCUAGAACAUACCAGAGUGCAAAUGCUUUUAUGUUUGGCUUUUUAUCUGAUUUCAAUGCCAGAGUUAAAAUUCAAAAAGCUAGAACUGAUCUGUGUUCAGAGAAGGAUUCUGGGCUGCGCUGUUAUUGUUCAGGCUUAGAAAAGUAUGCAGCACCUCUAAAGAAUAUGAGGAAGAUGAGUAAAUCUUCAAUACUGGCAAUUAUGAACUUCAAAAAGAAAGUAGCCAGUAUAUUCCACAUGGAUGUCACAGAGAUUAAGUCAUUAUCUCAUGUUUUUGAUACGUUGAUGGUGCGUGCUUGUCACAGCCUUCCUUUUCCUUGUAAUAAACAGAGAAAUUCAUGUGUAGACAAGAAAAUGUUGGACACAUUAUGGAGCUUACUUAGCACAGAUAUGCAACAUAAUUAUUUUUAUAACGAAAAUCUUUUAAAAACACACCAUCUAAGGUUUCACCCUCUCCUAGUGGAGAUGUAUUUAAGAAUGAAAAAUGUCACCAAGCGGAGCUCCCGAACAAAUUUUGUGUUAUUCUCAGGACAUGACAUAACAAUGACUCCAUUUUUAAUGCUGUUGGGCAUAUUUGAUGGGAAGUGGACACCUUAUGCAUCCUCUUUAGCCCUUGAAUUGUACAGUAAAGAAGAAGAAUCAAAGAUACAUUAUUAUUUGAAAAUAAUAUACAAUGGUGCUGAUAGAACAAAGGAUUUAAAGUUUUGUAGAGGUUUAGAAAUGUGCAAAUUUAAGUAUUUUGAACAAUUUGUUAAUACUCAUUUAAAGAUUAUGGGACUAAAUGAUUACAUCUCAGAGUGCUUUUCUUGAUGAUUUGGUAUUGGUAGCAAGUAGUCUUGAUAGUUUGUGGAUAUUAAAUUAUUGUGUAUAUAUAUAUAUAUAAAUUGGAGAUCUCAUAGUUUGCUUUGGGGUGGAUGGGGUAAAAAUAGCAUUUUCCUGCCCAUUACAUAUUACUCUACUCCAUUUUUUAGCUCACCUGAGCCAAAGGCUCCAGGGAGCUUUACUGAUCGAAGAGUGUCUGUCUGCCGUGUGUCUUUUCUGUGCAUUUUUCACAUUUUCAACUUCUCCAGAAUUACCAGGCCAAUUUCAACGAAUCUUGCCACAAAGCAUUCCCAGGUAAAGGGGAUUCAAGUUUGUUCAACUGAAGGGCUACUCCCUGUUGUAAGAGGAGAUGAUCAAGAAUUCGUGAAAAUUUUGAUCGCAUCUUUUAAAAAUCUUCUUCUCAUGAACCACUGGACCAGAAAACAAGAAACUUACAUGAAAGUAUCCUGACAUAGUGUACAUUCAGUUUUGUCCAAAUUGUGGCCCCUGAGGGUAGGGUAGGGCCAAAGUAAGCGAUCAAAUUUUUACAUAGGAAUAUAAGGGAAAGAUUUUUUUAAAAUCUUUUCAAGAACAUCAGGACAAUGAUAAGUGAUUAUUGAUAUGCAAAUAUCCUCAGGUGGUGCAGAUUAAACUUUGUUCCAAUUGUGAAUCCAGGGGAUAUUCCUUAGGAAAUGCAGAUCAAGAGAUCUGAAUCAAGUCUCCCAAGGAGGGAGGGGUACAAAUAUUUUUCCUAGGAAUAAAUAGAAAUUUUUUUUUCUCAAGAACUAGUGAGGGCAUGAUCAUUCACAUGAAUUUGAAAGCAAUCUCAGAAAUGUAGAAGUGAAAAAAUUCAAGAAUCUUCUCAAGAAAAGCAGGACCAGUGUGACUCAGGUGAGCAUUGUGGCUAAUGGGCCUCUUGUUUCCCACCAUUGUAAUAAGUUUGCUUACAUUAAAAGAAACAUCUUGGCAUCAAAUGCCUAAAUAGCAAUCAAUAAAGAUUCUUAAGAUACUUGUACAUAAUAUUGAAAAUAAAAAAAAGCUGGAGGAAAGCACAUCAACGAACAAAGCAUGGAUUUAAUCGAACUACCUCUACCUUGAAACGCAGGAAAUCAACCUUUGAAUUGAGGAGACUUCCAAAGGUCCAAUUACACAAAUGGAAACUGUGAAAAGACAUGGCUAGUUUUCAGAUCGUAGGAUCAUGAUGGAAAAUAUAAUACUUUAUGGGGAAAAUGGUCAAUAUUACAAGGUUGUUUUGCCAUGGUAUAUCAAUCAUUCUCAAAGUAUUAGCACUUUAAGAAUUAAAGUAUACAGUGCCCUGACAGCACAUUAAUAGCAGGGAUCAUUUGAAAUUUUUUUGCUUUACUGUCGCAUCAUUUCCUUUGCAUGCAUGUAUGUUUUCUCUGUGUCAAAUUAUAUUUUUCAGUUAAAAUUUCAUAUGGCUCUCAUUUUGAAUAUUGAUAUCUUUCUUUUAAAAUUCUAUCUGAUGAAAGGUGUUUGAACAAGACAUUUUUUGAUAUGUUCAAUAUGACCUAAUAAUUUAUCAUUUGAUUCAUGAUUUUUAGCUCACAUGAGGAAGGGCUUUAUAUUUUUCUGAAAUCACAUAUA